AUGGCAAAAUUCACUGAUGAUGCCGACUACGAUGCCGGCGAAAGUCUCGCAAAUUGUUAUUGGCACCUUCUGGAACUUCUGGUGGUCUAUCGAUACGAUUCUGCUGUCUCGAGGAGCUCUUUUACUUCAAAUGGCAAUGGCUGUCUUUCUCUUUCAGUCGCAAAUCUUCUUCUCUCCAGUCGUCCGCAUCAGCUUGUCCUCCCAACUUGGCUGACUGAACGCCUCCUUGAUUCUUCUUCAACUACAAUCACUUCUACCGACCCAUUAUCUAAUCUUGGAUACAAUUUACUCCCUGCCUCUGCAUUUCGGAGUCGAGCUGUGUCUCUAUUAAGCCUCUACAUUAAUCAUGAUAGAGUUAUGCAGGCCUAUCGAUUGGCCAUGGAAAUGAUUAAUAGUGCAAUUGGUAGUUAUGAUUCGAAUACAUUCGCUAUUGGUAUUCGUUCUGCUUCAGGAAAUCAGGUAAGAGUCCUUUAG